AUGGCCGACCCUACCGCUUUCUACGAGCCCGAAGAGGACGAACUUCUCUCCCAACUCGCUGUCCCCGUCCAGCAAUACCAGCCAAUCGGCUCCGAGACCGACGAGUACCGCCGUCUUCAAGAACUCGAACAGGCCGCCUAUGCCCAGCAAACAAUGCUCGCCCAGGCGCAAGAGCAGGAGAUGGACCAAAUGGCUGCUUUGGAGCUUGUCCCCGAGGACGUGAAGAGGUUCUUGGUGCUUUUCCACAAGGCUAUCCUCGAUAACGACCUCCCCACCAUUACCACCAUGUACGAAUCUGGAUGGAACAAGCUCACCCAGGCCCACUACUCGAACAACGAGUGGCCCGAAGCCGAACUCAUCGCUCCUCUCGUCCAAAACGACCAGGUCUUCCUGACUCUCUACCGAGAGCUUUACUUCCGACACGUUUACGCCAAGCUCCAGCCCACUAUCGAUGACCGAUUCCAGUCCUACGAGAACAUCUGCGAACUUUUCAACUACCUCCUUAAUUCUGAGGGCCCUGUACCUCUCGACCUUCCUAUCCAAUGGCUCUGGGACAUGCUCGACGAGUUUGUGUACCAGUUCACCAACUUCUCCCACUGGCGAUCAUCCCCCAAGGCCAAGAACGAGGAAGAGCUCGAGUUGCUCGCGGAGUCUCCUCACAUCUGGUCGUCCUACUCUGUCCUCAACGUCCUCUACUCUUUGGUCCAGAAGUCUCAAAUCAACGAGCAGCUCAAGGCCGAGAAGGAGGGCAAGAGCGCCGAGGAGGUUUCGGAAAUUGCUGGCGAGUACGGAUCCAAGCCCUUGUACAGGAACUUGGGGUACUUUUCCUUGAUCUGCUUGCUGCACGUCCACGUGUUGUUGGGUGACCCUACUUUGGCCUUGCAGACUAUGGAGCACGUUGACCUUGGUGGUGCCGCUUUCUUGACUCGAAUCACUGCUUGUCACGUCACCACCUACUACAACGUCGGUUGUGCCUACAUGGCUCUCGGACGAUGGCCGGAUGCUAUCAAGACUUUCGUCUCUGUGCUGAUCUUCUUCAUCCGUAUGAAGCAGUACCACACCAGGUCAUACCAAUACGGCUCUAUCGCCAAGACCUGUGAGCGAAUGUACGCCCUCCUUGCCAUCUGCACCACCCUCUCCCCCGGCCCCUCAGACGAAAACAUCAUGUCCAUCGUCAAGGAACACUACGGCGACCAGCUUUCUAUCCUCCAACGGGGCGGCGCCGAGGCUCUUGAAACAUUCAAGGACCUUUACCUCCAGGCCUGCCCUAAAUACCUCAACGUCAACUCUCCUCCUUACGAGGACCCCACUGCUCUCGCUGCUUGGGCCGAGAACCCCCCCGCGGACGCCACCCAAAGGCAGCUCGACUUGUUUGUCAGGGACGUCAAGUCUGUCGCUGGUGUCAACGGCAUGAGGAACUUGUUGAAGCUCUACACCUCUAUCGACGCGGCCAAGCUUGCCGCGUUCUCCGAGACCAAGGAAGGACAGGAACCCGAUGGAGAGGAGGAGGUUUUGCAGCAGUUGAUGGUGCUCAAGAACGCGAGCAGCACCUACGCGCGAGGAUCAGGGGAAGGAUCUUUGUUGGACGGUGAAAGAAUAGUCACCAACAACCUUGACUUCACCAUCGACCAGACCAUGGUUCACGUCGAGGAGACUACUUCUCACAGAAGAUAUGCCGGCUUCUUCAUCCGGAACGCUGAGCAUGCCCAGCGUGCCCUCACUGCUAUCAAGUCUGCUCCCCUCCCCGUCCGUAAAUCUACCUCCAACGCUUCCGCCCCCUCAUCGAACCCCGCUGGUGGUGCCUCAACGAUAGCGACCAAGCCUGACGCUCCUGCGCUUGCGCCUGCUGCUACACCAGCAGCCUCGGUGGAGAAGAAGCCUGGAGCUUGGGUGCCCAAGUCCAAGCAGGCUAGGGUUGCGGCUUAG